CAGCUUACAGAGGUGACCAGUAAAGUUCUCUCUGAGUAGCCAAAAAGCAGACAGCUCAUGACUUCUGAUCAGGACACUAAAGUUGUGGCUGAACCGCAGGUGCAGCAAGUACAAGAAGUUAAAGACGGUUCUCAUCUUGAGUCGACCAAGGUUUCUGAGUUAAAUCCUAAUGCAAAGGUGUGGGGAAAUCAUAUGUUACACUUGGAAGCAAGUGGUGCCACUGAUGGUAGCGUGAGCAAGACGUGGGAAGAAAUACCUGACCAACCUCCAGAUUCUUGUAAAGAAGGACUGGAUGCCAGUGGUGAUGGUGACAAAAAGCAUCAGAGUGCAGUGCUGACUGAGCUGCAGGAGCCGUCACCAGCUGUUUCGGUGUCAGACCAGACAGAUAUGAACCCUUUGGCUCUUGACCAUUCUGAGUAUGAGUCUAUGCAUGAAACCACCCAGAUAGGUGGAAAUGAACAGUUGCAGCCAGAAGGUCAGGAAGACUUAAGAGAAUUACUGAAAAAAACACUGGAAUUCUGCUUAUCUAGAGAAAAUCUUGCCAGUGACAUGUACCUUAUAUCGCAGAUGGACAGUGAUCAGUAUGUGCCAAUAAUGACAGUAGCAAACCUUGAUCAUGUCAAGAAACUCAGUACUGAUAUGGAUUUGAUUGUUGAAGUGCUGAGAUCGUUGCCUUUAGUCCAAGUGGAUGAGAAGGGAGAAAAAGUUAGGCCAAAUCAGAAUCGCUGUAUUGUGAUUUUACGUGAAGUACCUGAAUCUACCCCCAUUGAAGAGGUUGAAGCACUUUUCAAAGGAGAUAAUUUGCCUAAGUUUAUUAACUGUGAGUUUGCCUAUAAUGACAAUUGGUUCAUCACAUUUGAAUCGGAAGCCGAUGCACAGCAGGCUUACAGAUACCUUAGAGAAGAGGUGAAAACUUUCCAAGGAAAACCGAUUAAGGCAAGGAUAAAAGCGAAGGCAAUAGCUAUAAACACAUUUUUGCCAAAGAAUGGAUAUAGACCUCUGGAUAUGAACCUCUACACGCAGCAGCGUUACACAACAUCGUUUUACUUACCUCCAAUAUACAGUCCCCAUCAGCAGUUUCCAUUGUACAGCUUAAUUGGCCCACAGACCUGGUCAGCCACACACAGCUACCUUGACCCUUCAUUGGUAACACCAUUUCCAAAUACUGGAUUUAUCAAUGGGUUCACAUCUCCAACCUUCAAGCCUGCUGCUUCUCCAUUGGCUACACUCAGACAGUAUCCUCCAAGGAACAGGAAUCCUAGCAAGUCUCAUAUACGACAUACAAUACCCAGUGCAGAAAGGGGACCUGGGCUUCUAGACAGUCCUACAAUAUUCAACUUUUCUGCUGAUCGUUUAAUCAAUGGCAUCAGGAGUCCACAGACACGACAGCCGGGACAAAACAGGACACGGAUGCAGAAUGCUACUACGAGUUACACCAAGAGGGAAGUAGGAACUGGACGGAUGGAACAGACCAGCAUUGACUCGUCUCCUGGAUUAGGUAGAGGAAGGAAAAACUCAUAUGGCUACCGAAAGAAAAGGGAGGACAAGUUUACAAGAGGCCAAACACAGUCUCCGCCACCCCCAAAACCUCCAUCUCCUAGCUUUGAAUUGGGUUUAUCUAGCUUUCCUCCAUUACCCGGGGCUGCUGGCAAUUUAAAGACCGAAGAUCUUUUUGAAAACAGACUGUCCAGUGUGGUAAUAGGAACAUCAAAAGAAAGAAACAUUAAUGUGGAUGCAAGUACAAACACUAUUCCAUCGGGAAUUCCUCGAGAGCCAUUGUUGCCAGUUUCUUCUACAUUGCCCAGGACGUUUGAAAGGUCUCCUUCUCCAUCCCAGUCUUCUGAGGACUCCAAGGUUGUGGAUAAACAGCAGAGAGAGACACAGAGUACAGAAAGGCUUUCUUCUUCCACACUCAGUACUGCAUGUAAAUCGGUGCAAGUCAAUGGGGCUGCCAUAGAACUGCGAAAACCUAGUUAUGCAGAAAUUUGCCAGAGAACAACUAAGGAUCCUCCUACAUUGCAACCCCAGAAAGAACAGAAGCCGAACACUGUAGCAUGUGGGAAAGAAGAAAGAAAGCCCACAGAAACAAUAGAGAAAAACAGAGAACCUCCUCCUCCUCCUGCUAAGUCACAUCCUGGACAACCCAAAGACCAGAGGAGACAGUCAGGACGCAGAUCAUCCCCUCCAGCCGUUGGCAAACGCUUAAAUAAAGAACAGAAUACCCCUCCAAAAUCUCCUCAGUGAAGCUAACACCUGGGAGGGAUUCGAAAAGAGGUCUGCUUCCCACAAAUUAAACCCAUGUUCCCACUGAGAUACCUGAGAAUGAGUUGCUGGUUAGGAGCUUGCAGUGAUACUAGGC